AUGUCUCUUGCGGCAGAGGCUUUUGUGUCACAGAUGGCAGCUGCAGAACCCUGGCCUGAAAAUGCUACAUUGUACCAGCCGCUGAAAGAGGAUCAGAUCUUGCUGUCAGACUGUGCCUCAUCGCUGGCUGUUCAGGUCUACCUGAGGAUGUGCGGCCUCCCGGUGCAGGUGGUUUGCAGAGCAAAUGCUGAAUACAUGUCGCCUUCUGGUCGGAUUCCUUUUAUCCACGUAGGGAACCAGGUGGUGUCUGAACUGGGGCCAGUAGUCCAGUUUACCAAAGCUAAGGGUCAUUCGCUGAGCGACGGAUUAGAUGACGUUCAGAGAGCUGAAAUGAAGGCGUACAUGGAGUUGGUUAAUAAUAUGCUGUUUACCGCUGAGUUAUACAUCCAGUGGUGUGAUGACGGAACAGCUGCCGAGAUCUCUCGGCCGAGGUACAGCAGUCCGUACUCGUGGCCUCUCAACAGAAUCUUGGCCUAUCAGAAGCAGUGGGAGGUUCAGAGGAAGAUGAAUGCCAUCGGCUGGGGAGGAAAAACACUUGAGCAGGUCUAUGAGGACGUCAGUCAGUGCUGUCAGGCUCUUUCUCAGAGGCUCGGAACUCAGCCGUACUUCUUCAAUAAGCAGCCCACAGAGUUGGAUGCUUUGGUUUUCGGGCACCUCUUCACCAUCCUGACCACCACGCUGACCAAUGCGGAGCUGGCAGAGCGCGUCAGGAGCUUCAGUAACCUGCUGUCCUUCUGCCGGCGCAUCGAGCAGUCCUACUUUGAAGGCAAGAGCUCCUGAAGGACUAGAAAUGAGCCCUCUUUCUUUCUCUCUCUGUACAUUCUGCCCAUUCUCUUUCCCGCAUCCCGUCGCUGUCAUGCAAAGACUGUAAAAACCGUCACAUCCACACCUUCUUUUCUUUCCUCAGAGGAUUUACACCCUGACGUUACAACAACGCCUCCUGCCUGUGCUAUUAAUGGUCAUAAGGUUGUUGAUUUCCAUGCUGUGUUGCUGAAUCAGGUGUUAACUAUUUGAUUUUAAACGGUUUCUGCAAAGCAAUGACAUCACUGAUAUGCGGUUUGGACAGAACAGUGUGAUGCUCUGCUGCCACUGACUGGUCACAUUCUGUGACUUCAUCUUCAACGUAGCCAUCAAACAUCUACUCCAACACAAGGGUGCUGAAGAGACAUGACUGAAACAUUCU